AUGGAAUCUGUGGAUAUAGAGGGCCGACUGUGCUCACAUUUUCAACCAUUGAGCGAACGGGUGCCCCUAACCCUCUCAUUGUUCAGGAGUCAACUGGACUUUGGUCUGAAUGUAAUGGAACAGUUCAAUCCUGGGCUACGAAAUUUAAUAAACCUAGGGAAAAAUUAUGAAAAAGCUGUUAAUGCUAUGAUCCUGGCAGGAAGAGCCUACUACGAUGGAGUGGCCAAGAUUGGGGAGAUUGCCACCGGGUCCCCCGUGUCAACAGAGCUGGGCCAUGUUCUCAUAGAGAUUUCGAGUAUCCACAAGAAACUCAACGAGAGUCUUGAUGAAAAUUUCAAAAAAUUCCAUAAGGAGAUUAUCUAUGAGCUGGAGAAGAAGACAGAGCUUGAUGUAAAAUAUAUGAAUGCGACUCUCAAAAGAUACCAAGCAGAACACAGGCAUAGAUUAGAUUCUCUGGAGAAAUCGCAAGCUGAAUUGAAGAAGAUAAGAAGGAAAAGUCAAGGAGGACGAAAUCCAUUCAAAUAUGAAUGCAAAGAGAUUGAGUAUGUAGAAACCAUUACUUCUCGCCAGAAUGAAAUCCAGAAAUUUAUUGCAGAUGGUUGCAAAGAAGCCCUGCUUGAAGAGAAAAGGCGCUUCUGCUUUCUGGUCGACAAGCACUGCAGCUUUUCAAGUCAGAUACACCAUUACCACAUGCAGUCUGCAGAACUGAUCAAUUCCAAACUGCCUCGGUGGCAAGAAACCUGUGGUGAUGUCACCAAAGUGCCAGAGAAAAUCAUGAAUAUGAUUGAAGAAAUUAAGACCCCGGUCUCCACCCCGAUGUCCGGAACGCCUCUGCCUUCACCCAUGAUCGAGAGAAGCAGCAUGGUUGGGCAAGAUUGUGACAGCCUUUCUAAAUACCCACCAAAGAUCCCCGCAGCCCCUUCAGCCAGAGCCUUGACCAGCCCUUUGAUCGAUCUGUUUAAGAACCCAGCCACAGUCUCACAGGACUCAGAAAGAAAAAAUAAUUUAACAGGUUCUUCCGUUGACCCCAAUUUGCCUCGAUCGGUUUCCGUGGCCUCUGGACUGAACAUGGUGAAAAAGCAGAAAGUGAAAACCAUCUUUCCGCACACGGCCGGCACUAACCAGACCUUGCUUGGCUUCGCGCAGGGAGACGUCAUCACGCUGCUCAUCUCCGAGGAGAAGGACGGCUGGCUGUACGGGGAGCACGAUAGCACCAAAAUGAGGGGCUGGUUCCCAUCGUCCUACACGAAGCUGCUGGAGAACGAGGAGGAAGCCGCAAGCGAGCUGGCGCCAAGCUUGGCGCCUGUCCGCAGCGUGAGUACCACGAACUUGGCAGAGAAGAGCACCGUCGUGAUCCCCCCGCCGGACUACCUGGAGUGUCUGUCCAUGGGAGCAGCCACCGCUGAGAAAGGAGACAUCUCCCAGAAGGCUUCUAACCAUAACGCCCCAGCGCCCAAACCAGAAAGCACACCUCCUAACAAUGCAAAUGGGUUUGCAAAGCCUCCUUUCCUCAGUGGAGAGAACCCCUUUGCUACUGUGAAACUCCGCCCGACAGUGACAAAUGACCGCUCAGCACCAAUCAUCCGAUGAGAAGGCGGCCCACAGCAUUCUCCUGGUUCCUCGUUGGGCCCCAUUCGGGAACAAUAGGUUUGUGUGUGACAAGCGCCAUCCAGUUGUCAAACUUCACCAGAGGGCGUCUGAUUUUACCUGUAUUCUACUUGAGCAAAU